AUGAACUUGUUAAUGCUGUUAAGUACCUUUAGCCUUUUGCCCCUGGCAUUUGGCAAAAGUUAUAGUGAAAAGUAUUUAGGACUAGAUAGCCACUCGUUUAAAGACUACUGUAAGAAUAUGAACCUGCACAUCCUGGUUAGCGCAGAAUCUCAUCAUAAUGAGUGGUUUUCCUAUUUGUUAGGCCUCAGAAUUGCAAGCGAGGCGAUGACUAUGAAGGGUACUUUGAAUUAUUUAUCAUAUUCCUUUUUUGAUGAUAAACUUUUGUAUACAUAUAGGAAACUAUUGGAUAAUCAAUAUGACAUGAUGGAAACCUUAAAACAUUUCCAGGAGAAACACAAAACUUAUGGAAUUACAACACAUGAGCACUCAAAUGUAUUUGGGUCUUUGAAGGAGUAUUACGAAAAGUAUAUAUUAAACAAACGCGAUAUGCGAAAAUCAAAAAAUGUUAUAAUUAUUUGUAAAUUUUUUGGAAAAAUGGAACCUUCAGAAUAUUCUGAUGAAUUCAUAAAUUACAUAAGAGACAUUAGAAGCAAAAAAUUGGGGGUUUUUUUCUUCUCAGACAAUUCUGAGGAAUCCAAGAAGAUAACCUUUCAGAUCUCUGAAAUGAGUAAUUAUAAAUCUUCACAUGUUCCUUUAGCAUAUUUCUUUACGGACGAAAUUGAUAGUCACAAUAGAAUCAGUAUAAAAAGAUUUUGCUAUGCUUUGGAAUAUGGUGCCACCUGUAAGAGGUAUAACGACUGGUCUGAUUGGAGUGGGCCUUGUGAUUUUAGGAAAAGACAGAGGACCAUGCCCAAAAGAAUUACCCUCAGACGUAAUGUCACUAAUAAGGAUUACUACACUGCUAAUUGUAGGAACCUUUUCAAUUAUGAGUUAAUAAUCAAAGAAGAUUACAGAAGCGAAUGCGCCAGCGAAAUGUACAGCUGCAGAGGUAUCUGUGGUGAAGGAUAUAUGUUCACACCACACGUUGUAAAUUACGAACUCUUAGAAAAGUAUGUCCCCUGUUAUGAUUUGCCAGUUUGCUCACCCAAGCAAAAAGCAAAAAGACGCCAUGAAGUUUAUGAUAAUUUACUACGAAUGCUUAAUGAUUAUGCAUGGCAAUUGCGUAGAGAAGAAACCACACAACGGACGAAAAUGAACAGAUUACACGAAAGUGAAUUUGACGAAGAGAGUGCUCAUCCACGAAUGAUGCGGGAAGCAACCGCUCAACUAAAAAAAAAAACAGACUCGAUUAUAGAAAGACAGCGCAGUCUUAUUAAAAAUCACAAACGUUUGAUUCAGUAUGUCGAGGAAGAUGAUGAAGUAAAGAUCAUCGACCAUUUGGGAAACUUCGCCAUUAAGGAGAAACCAGACCCCGAUACGCACGAUGUGAAGGUAUAUGGAAAGGUUCACUCACGUUUUAGCGCGGCGACUGCAAAUGGGAAGGAUCAAAGCGGGGGCAAUACCGUCCAAACUGCAAAGGAGGACACCGCAGGGAAGGCAGGUGGAAAGGAUAAAACUGGAGGGGUUAGCGUGGAGACGGCACCUGAAAGUACCGCUAAUAAGAAAAAUGUGGAGGAUCAAAGCGGGGGCAAUACCGUCCAAACUACAAAUGAGGACAUCGCAGGUAAAGCAGAUGGAAAGCACCAAGACGGAAGCACACAUGUCGGGAUGGAGGACUCGGACACUGCAGGAAAAACUGAUGGGAAGAAGCUGGAGGAGGGUGAAAAAGUGGGGGAUGGAAAAGGGGAUGGCGAAAAUGCUAAAGAGCGCAUUAACCAGGAAACUAGGCUCAAUCCUGAGGAGGCGGAAAAUACACUUGAUGCAGCAGAAAAAAAGGAAGAGAAAAUGGAGCAAAAAAUUAUCAAAGCAAACGACCUUGACAAACCAGAUGAAAUCGCAAAGAUGGAUACAAUUGACACAGGGGCAAAAGAAGGAACUGCGGAAAUUGAUUCACCCGGUUUGUCAAAUGAGAGCCAUUUGCCUAAAGUAGAAGCUGGAGGACCUUCAAAUAAUCAACCAAUAAAUCCACAAGAAAAUGACAACACGAAGUCUCAAAUUGGUGGUACUAAAAAUGACGAGGUAAAUUCAAAUGAUUAUAUCCCAUCAGAGAACGGUGCUGAUGCGGAAAGUGGAGACCCUAAAGUAGACGCAUCGCAGGGACACUCCUCAGCUAAUCAUAACAAUUCACCUGUUCAUAAAAUCACCCAUGAUGGGAAGGACGGAUUGACUGAUAAACAUCAGCAAGAAUUGUAUGAAGAGAGUGAUACACCGAAAAGGGAGGGUGAAACGGGUGGUGAUGGUCAAGGUGGAGAGGAUGAAAUAGCUCAAGUGAACAAGGGGGUAGAAGAAGAAGCAGGAGCUGCUCGUACAGAUGCACCAAAGGAAAGUGCACAGAAGGAAAUAGCGCAACAUGGUCGCGUUGAAGACGAGGCCAGAGUCGAAGAAAGCGCCAAUGGACACACCAACGGGUCCUCGAACGAACACGCCAACGGACACUCGAACGAACACCCGAACCAAAUCGGGAAUGACGCCGCUGAAGCUGCGACACGAAAUGAUCAAGUAAACGGAGAAACAGGAGUAACUGCAGAGCAGGGAAGCGAAAAAGGGGAAGAUGAAGUGAAAUACGAUGCACAAAAAGGAAGUACAAAUGGUGAGGAAGUGGUAGGGGGACAGCCACAACACACAGAGACUAAACAGGUAGACUUAAAUAGACAAGUGGACGAUAGCCAAGGAGAAGAACAUAAAAGUAAGAGCCAUGACAAAUUAAUAAGAGACUUUAUAACGAAGAACCACAUUCCGGAUGGCUCCACAAAACAGUAUGAACUGCCAGAAAUGGAAAAUGAGAAACAAACACCAACUGAGUACACAGCAGAGAUGCGCGGGGCGAACGAUGGACGAGCUAGUGGACAUAAUAAGCAAACGCAUGAUACGGAUGGGGGCAUAGCGGCAAGUACGCAAUCUCAUGCUGUACACCAAAUGAAGGAAAAAUCGGAAGAGAGCGACCACCAUUUCGUCGAAUCCGCCAUUCCAGAUGAAACAAAAACAGAGGCACAUCACACAGAGAGUCACAUUGCCGAUGGGCAUGUUUUACAGGGAGAAAGAAUAGGCGCAGAUAAGAUGCACACCGAGGGAGAAAGUCAACAUCAAUUUCGAGGCAAAGACGAACGCGAACGCGAGCACGAAAGUGAGCAACAAAACAGGAACGCGGAAGAUGCCAAUUCGGCCAACGUAUUUGACAGUCACGUCGCUACAGCGGAAGAUCAAACGGAUGACCAGCAUGCGAAAGAAGCGAGUCACGCAUCAAGUAAAUCAAUUAGCGAGCAUAGAAGUCUCGAUGAAGGCCAUGAAGGGAAACACUUUAUGCGUGUUCAAACAGGCAAAGAACAUUUAGUCGUUGAAAACAAUGGGGAAACUCACAAAAUGGCAGUUGAAUCUACAGGAGGAGAAAUAACAUCAGGGGAUGAUACCAACAGAGGAAAAGUACCCGAGGGGGACGAAAAUGCACAUCAAGCAUCCUAUAAAAACAUAAGGGAACACGUAGGACAAACUGACAUGAACGAAAUGCACAAAGCGGAUAAAAACGAUGCAGAAAAUAUUGUGGAAGAUGGCAAUACGUAUGAUCCCGAAGAGUUAGAAGAAAUGAUGAAAGAAAACAGCAUAAUAAGUCAUAACUUUGGAGAACAUGCAGACGCACAUAAUGGUGAAAAGGGAGAUGUACUGUCAAGUGAAAGGGAACAGGAAGAGCAAACAGCGGGGGGACAUACUCAAGGAGGAGCAUCCUCUGAUAAUCACGCUAUACACAAUCAAGCAAAAGAAGAAAUUGAGGAAGAACGUAGAACAUCCAACGGACAUGUGGCAGAGGAAUUGGAGGCAGAUCAUGUCCACACACAACAGAAAGUACACGAAGAAGCUGCAAAGGAACACAAGACAAAGGAUCAAACAAGUGCCGGUAGAACAGAACUAGAGGAAUCACCCAAAAGUGACCACUUGGCAAAUGAAACGGAGGGCAGAAACGAGUUAACCGGAGAAGCUCUUCCAACACACGUAACAGCAGACCAUGCGGUGAAGGGGCAUCAUGUGGCGGAUGGAAUUGUGGGAGAACAUUCAGACACAGUCAAAGGGGGUGAAGCAGUUGAAGGGAGAGAAGCAGUUGAAGGGGGAGAAGCAGUUGAAAGGGGAGACACAAUCGAAGGAGGAGAAUCAGUCAAAGGGGGUGAAUCAGUUGAAGGAGGUGAGGCAGUUGAGGGAAGAUACUCAGUAGAAGAAGCAGUUAAAGGGAGAAACGAAGUUGAAGGAGGAGAGGCAGUCAAUGGAAGAGACGAAGUUGAAGGACGUGAAGCAGUAAAAGGGGGAGAAGCAGUAGAAGGAGGAGACUCAAUAGAAGAAGGAGAAGCAUUUGAAGGAAAUGAUGCAGUCAAAGGAGGAAAAGCAGUUGAAGGAGGUGAAGCAGUUGAAGGAGGUGAAGCAGUUGAAGGAGGAAAAGCAGUUGAAGGAGGAGAAUCAGUUGAAGGAGGUGAAGCAGUUGAAGGAGGUGAAGCAUUUGAAGGAAAAUAUGCAGUCAAAGGGGGAGAAGCAGUAGAAGGAAAAGAUGCAGUCAAAGGGGGAAAUGCCAUCAAAGGAGGUGAAGCAUUUGAAGGAAAAGAUUCAGUCAAAGGGGGAAAUGCCAUCAAAGGAGGAGAAGCAGUUGAAGGACGUGAAGCAGUAGAAGGAGGAGACUCAGUAGAAGAAGGAGGAGCAGUCAAAGGGGUAGAUGCAGCUGAAGGAGAAGAUGCACUUGAACGUGAAUUCGUGAAUGAACUUACAGAUGAACAUAAAGCAAAGGAUGAAAGUAAGGAUAAAGGCGUAGAUGAAGGUGCAAAUGUAGCUGAAGGCACAGAUGUGGGUGUGCAUACAGAAAUAGGCGAACACAAAGACAUGGGUGAAGGUAAGGGGGGAAGCAACCAUAUAGGUGACAAUAGCGAUGUAGGUGACAGUACCGAUGUGGGUGAUAAUACCGACGUGGGUGACAAUAGCGACGUGGGUGAUAAUAGCGAUAUAGGUGAUAACACCGAUGUGGGUGAACCCACAGAUGUAGAUGAACCCACAUAUUCAGGCCAACACAAAGCCAACGGAGAAAGGGAAGAAGUAGCUGAAGUUAAAGGAGACCAUAUGGAUAUAGUGGGUGUUAAAAAUGAAGGCAAACACGAAUCCGUGGGCGAAAGUGAACACAAAGAUGUAGAAAAGCAUCAAGAAGCAGGUGAAAGGGAAGAAGUAGCUGAAGUUAAAGGAGACCACAUGGAUAUAGUUGCCGCUAAAAGUGAAGGCAAACACGAAGCCGUGGACGCAAGUGAACGUAACGAUGUAGGCGAACAUAAAGACAUAGGUGAAAGUGCAGAUGCAAUGGAAGCCACAAGUAAGCAUGACGGUGUAAACGAAAGUAGGGAAAUAGGUGAACACACAAAUGUGAGCGAACAUAAAGAAGUAGGAGAAAAUGACGAAGCUGUAGAACAUGGUGAAGUAGGUGAACGUAAAAAAGCAGGUGAACACACAGAAGUGGGAGAACCUAAAGUUACUGGUGAACAUGACGAAGCAGAACAAACAGCAGUGGGCGAACCUAAAGUUAUUGGUGAGCAUAAAGAAGCAGUAGAAUAUGGCAAAGUAGGUGAACAUAAAGACGCAGGAGAAUCUACAGUUACUGGUAAGCAUGACGUAGCAGGAGAACAUAAAGAAGUAGGCGAACAUGACGAAGCAGGUGAACGUAAAGUUACUGGUGAGCAUAAAGAAUCAGGAGAACAUGACGAAGUAGGUGAACCUAAAGAUAUUGGUGAGCAUAAAGAAGCAGGUGAACGCAUAGAAGUGGGCGAACCUAAAGUUAUUGGUGAGCAUAAAGAAGCAGGUGAGCAUAAAGAAGUAGGAGAACAUAGCGAAGUAGGCGAACCUAAAGAUAUUGGUGAACACGACGUAGCAGGAGAACGUAAAAAAGCAGGAGAAUCCAGAGUUAUUAGUGAGCAUGACAAAGCAGGAGAACGUAAAGACGUGACUGAGCACAUAGAUGUAGGUGACCAUACAGAAGUGGGCGAACCUAAAGUUACUGGUGAACAUGACGAAGCAGGAAAACAUGACGAAGUAGGCGAAACUAAAGUUAUUGGUGAGCAUAAAGAAGUAGGAGAACGUAAAGAAUCGGGAGAACGUAAAGAAGGAGGAGAACAUGGCGAAGUAGGUGAACCUAAAAUUACUGGUGAGCACGACGAAGCAGGUGGACGUGAAGAAUCAGGAGAAUCUAAAGUUAUUGGUGAGCACGACGAAGCAGGAGAACGUAAAGAAGCUGGCGAACCUAAAGUUACUGGUGAACAUGACGUAACAGGAGAACAAACAGGAGUGAGUGAACCUAAAGUUAUUGGUGAGCAUAAAGAAGCAGGUGAACACAUAGAAGUGGGCGAACCUAAAGUUAUUGGUGAGCAUAAAGAAGCAGGUGAACACAUAGAAGUGGGCGAACCUAAAGCUACUGGUGAACACGGCGAAGCAGCUAAAGCCGAAGGCGUCAAAAGCGAACACGUACGGGGGAGCACGGAAGAAGGUGAGACCAUAAAGGAUAAACCUAUCGAGGCAUCGCGUGAGAGCAAAACAACGGAGGAAGGCGAAACUUCUGACAUAGACCAGAAGCUGCAUGAAGAUAACGCGAACCCCAUUGAUGGGACAGUGGGAGGUGGGGCAAAGAAAGAAGAACUGGCAGGUGCUAGUACACACUCUGCACAUAACGAAAAGGGGGAAGUGACUCUAAAGGAACAUGAAGGAGUAAACACCUUAGAUGGAAAUGGUGAAAAUGAACAAAAAGUGGAAGACAAGCAUGAACAAAUUUUAGAUUAUAAAAUAGAUGAUGAGAAAAAGGCAAGCAUAUCACCGCAUGCACAAAGUGUAGUGAGUGAAGAAACAGCUGGCGAGGUGAAGGAAGAGGUAGAAGACGCAUCCACCGCAAACAGGAAAAACGAGCCAACUGGUGAAGUUUCGGGUAGAACCAAUGUAAACACAGAUUCUAUAAUUACGCAGCAAAAAACGAGCAUAUUUCCAGUCGAAGAAUCGAAAAAAAUUGAAUCAGAAAAAGCUGAUGUAAAAAAUAUAAACAAAAUAAUUGAUAAUGUAGUAAAUACAUAUAAUAGUAAAAAAACGAACAGUGAAAAACAAAAUUAUGUUAAGGAAAAGUUAGACGUCCUUGAAGAUUUUGUAGAAGGUACCAAACAAGUGGAAGGGGGAAAAAAUGAAAACCCAUACAAGUUCUACUCAGAUGUGAAGAGCGUCCAUAAGCUAUUUUAUAAAAAAAAUUCCGAGGGACAAUUAGAAAAUGACAAAUAUCUUAUUGUUGGCCAGAAUAAUUUUAUCAUAGAUUCGGAUGAUACCAAAGCUCCCUUUCCCCAAAAUAUGUCCAAGAGGGUUAAUGAACUCCUGGACGAGCAGCUUCAAGAGGACGUAAUGAACACGUUGAGUCAGGAUGAGAAGGAGAGAAAGGAGGCCACCGAGGGGGGCAAACGUAAGGACGGAAAUGAUGACGCAGGUGGAAAGGGAAGUGGGAACGAAGGCGAAGGCGGAAAUGACAACGCAGGUGGAAAGGGAAGUGGGAACGGAGGCGGAAAUGAUAACUCAGGUGAAAAGGGUAGUGAAAACGGAAGUGGGAACGGAAAUGAUAACUCAGGUGAAAAGGGUAGUGAAAACGGAAGUGGGAACGGAAAUAACAACGCAGGCGAAAACGGACGCAAAGAAAGCAAAGCCCACAACAGCAAAACAUUCAAGUACGGAAGCAUAACCGUCUUCGCUGGUGCAGUUGUAAUUCUCAUGUCCAUGUACAUUUACAGACAUGCACAGAAUUACGGGCGCGCGGAAAAGGACAACUCGAAUAACAUCGAAUACCAGUUUACACCCGAAGUUGCGAUGAACGAAGAUAAGGGCCAAGACAUAACGUGCGGGCAAAGUGGCUACAUUGAGGAAGGCUGA